AUGAGCUCACCGCUGUUGAUUGAUGAUGAGGCUGAAUCUAGCGGAGGACGCGCCCCAAACCUGUCCUUUUGCUCACCCGUCUGGAUCGAAGAGUUGGGCUUCACAACACUUUAUGAGCCUGAAAUUAGCGAUGUGGCAGCCGAUCUCGUUUUUGUUCAUGGUCUGCAAGGCCAUCCCCGCAAGACAUGGAAAUUCUCAGGCAGCACAAGAGAAAAGGUGCUUAGCACUAACAGCAACGAGAAAAAAGGCGGAAUCUUUGGACUGAGAAAGAGUGGUCCUCAAUGGUCUGAGAAAACGGUCAAGAAGUCUCUUUAUUGGCCGACAGACCUGCUACCAAAUGAUGUGCAAAACAUCCGUAUCCUCACGUAUGGCUACGAUUCUCAUGUUACAAGGUUCUUUCAAGGUGCUGCAAACCAAACCAAUAUCUCCGAUCAUGGACGCUCGUUUCUCAACGAUUUAAGCUCCCAGCGGCGAACUUGCCGCAAGCGACCUAUCAUCUUCCUGGCUCACAGCCUAGGCGGCCUUAUUGUCAAAGAAGCCUUACGCCGAGCCCGAGAAGAGAAGUAUCAUUCGCAUCUUCAAGACGUUUAUAACUCAUCGAACGCUAUUAUCUUCUUUGGAACGCCUCACUCUGGUUCUCCGGAUGCUGCAUGGGGAGAAAUUUUGCGACGUAUUGCAGCGAUCGCUCAAUUUGACACAGCAAGACCAAUAAUAGCUGACCUGGAUCCACGGUCGGGAAGCUCCAAGCUGGACGAACUGACCGAGUCAUUUAGCAUUAUUUGCGAGGAGAGAAGCCUGAAGAUUUACUCCUUCCAGGAGUCAAGGGGCAAGACAGGCACGAAAUUGCUUCAAAACCUUGUAGUACCCAAAGAGUCUUCAGCCAUAGGCGACCCGAAGCAUGAGAUCAGGGAUGUAAUCAAUGCAAAUCAUAUGAACAUGUGCAAGUUUAGCGGGGAGAACGACGGUGGAUAUAAGAAAGUAAUAUCGGCGUUGCAUUUGAUCCUGGAUGCUUUGAAGGAUGGGAGUCAUGGAGGAACUGCAGACCCUAGCGAGCGGGUCGAACGCUGGAGCUCUGCUGUUCUUGACUCCCUUAGUUAUGAAAAUAUGGACACCAGAAAAGCGCAGCUGGUACCUGCAAAUGACGAAUCUCUGGAUUGGAUCUGGUCAACCUCUCCUGGUCGAUCAGGAAUGGUAGAUUGGUUGUCUCAAGGAGAUGAGAUUUUUUGGAUCUCCGGAAAGCCCGGGAGUGGGAAGUCGACGCUUAUGAAAUACCUCAGCAGACAUUAUAAGACCCGGGACUAUUUGGGUCAGCGAAAUACACAGAAAUGGAUAAUUGCUGACUUCUUCUUUGACUUUCGAGCUGGAACCGGAACAGCUAACAACCUCGAUGGUAUGAUGAGAUCGCUACUUGCACAAAUGAUCGGGCAGAUCCCAGACUUGGCAUCAUACGUGCCGUUCGACGGAAACACAGAUCUUGCCAUCCGAAGACCGCAGUCUAUGGACGUUGGGAGAAUGCAAGAGGUUCUCUCCUCCGCAUGUAGGGCUCUGUCGCCCAACGUUUGCGCCUUCAUUGAUGGACUCGAUGAGUAUCAGGGAAACGUGCUGGAUCUACUGUCGCUCCUGAAAGCUAUGACCGAAGAUUUCAAGUUCAAAGUAUGCUUAGCAAGUCGCCCUGAGCCCGCCAUCCAGCAACUUCUAGAGAAAUUUGAAGGCAUGAAAAUGCACGAGCACAAUGCCAGGAGCAUCGAAUUAUAUGUCACAAACAGGAUCAGGUUGGUACAAGCAGAUCAAAACGACCAGUUGGUCAACGACCUGGCCCGAACCAUAGUGGAGUCCGCUGAAGGUGUUAUUCUAUGGGCUAGACUGGCCGUGGAUGACCUGCUGAUGGGAUACAUUGAAGGGGAACUUAGAGCCGAACUUCACCGUCGACUAUUGAAUCUUCCAAAAGCGUUAGAAGACCUGUAUCAACGAAUAAUCGAUCAUAUUGAACCACGACAUAGAACUGAUGCGUCCGUCAUUCUCCAACUUGUUAGCGGAGCAACCCGUCCUCCCAAAUUGGACGAGCUCCAGUCCGCGCUGGCUAUCGUAUCAAGCAAAACAGGUCUCAAUCUUGCCUGGAGGGAACCCUAUGGAUGUGAUCUGGUAGCCCGGAGGAUACAUGCUCGAGUCCGCGGCCUUGUCGACAUGGUCCCUCUCCCUGACGGUACAGGUAUCAGCGUACGCCCUAUUCACCAGACGCUGCGGACGUUUUUGGGACGCACAAAGUGGCUAGAGGGCGCAGAAAGUGAAACUUUCAAAGCAAUUUACCCUGACAACUUUUGGCUACGAGUGUGCAGCCAAUCUCUUGCUUCACCCAUCUCAAAAGACUCCCUUAGCAAACUAAGACAGGCACGUCCUUUAAUAGAUCCCGACGUGCCUGUCCUGUCAAAAGCUUACAUACCUGACUGUAACUGGUGUCAUCAGGCUUUUGUGGUGGGGGAACGGCCAGUCAUUCGGUAUGCUGCAGAAAACGUAUUUAAGCAUGCGGUAGAAUGCGAAGCGACGGACAAAUCUUCAUAUCACAUUCUUUCUGCUGCAUUGUGCUGUCCAUUGAUAUUGCUUCACUUUGAUCGAGGUUGGAGUAGGUGCUCCUGCGUGAAUAUGUGGAACCCAGCAGGUUCUGAAUCGCAUUCGACAUCGUUGCUUUGGGGAGUUCUCCACAACUUAUACCUAUAUUGCGGCGAUGCAAUUCAAAAUGGUGAAAGUUUUGGAAUUGACGGUGGGCAGGCUUUGUUGGCUGCUAUUUCAAAUCUUUCCACCAACCCUUACUCAGAGCAAACAGCGAAGUUGUUGUCGCUGGUAUUGGACGAGGGCGUUCGAAUAACUGAUUAUCACAUUUUUCAGGCUAUAAGAAGUCUUCUCCCCCCGCGCUUUCUUCAACAAAUGCUCCAAAGAAAAGAUUACACACCUGGCACAGGUUUGCGGGUGGGUUCUCUGGGAGAAGAACGCAAUGUAGGUCUCCUAUGGGCAUGGGCAAGGGCAAAUUCUUCACAUGACCCUGAGCGUUAUGCGACACUGCUAGAUUUCAUAAUUACUUUCGGAGAAGACAUUAACGACUUUUGUUCUAGCAAUGGCACCGUGCUCCAUGCCGUUGUUGGGUUAUUCCACCUCGACGAAGAUUUGUGUGCUCAAAAAGUACAAAUGCUCAUAGCUCGAGGCAUCGAUAUAGACAUCAAAGGCCCCUAUGGGACCGCGUCGGAAUAUGCUUACCAGCAAUGGCGGAAGGAAUGGCGGAAGGAAUGGCGGAAGGAAUGGCGGAAGGACUGGCGGAAGGACUGGCGGAAGGAAAGGCACACAAGUCGAAUCCAGGGUUUGCUUCUAUCAUCUGAAGCUGCCAUUAAGAAGCCACAGCACGUGGUACGAGGCCAAAGAGUCAUAAAGACAGUAGCAGAGAUGGUCGAACUGGAAGGUUCACAGCCUUGA